AUGGAAGAAGAAGAAAGAAAUUACCGCCUAUCUUGCACGCAGAGGACUUAUGCGCUUGCCGUCACCGUCGUCUUGCUGCUGUCCACCAUCACUCGUUGUGAAUGCCAGUCCUAUCAGGCCCCUCGGUUCAUAACGCAGCCAACGUCAACUAAAAAUGUGAUUGGCGAAGGACAGACAAAAAUAAUUCAGUGUCAAGCUCUUGGCUUCCCGGCUCCAGUUUACAAAUGGUACAAAGAUGGGAAAGAAUUAGGAGAUUUUUCAUCUGAAUAUCAGUCGUUCCGUCUUUUAAAUCUUAAACAUGACGAUGGAGGAACUUAUCAAUGUAUAGCAAAAAAUGAAGUUGGAUCGAUACUGUCUCAAAAAAUUGAAAUAAACAUUGCAUAUAUGGAAAAUUUUAUGGAAGUUACCGAUCCAAUAGUCAGAGUUGAAAGAGGCCAAGCAGCAAUUUUAGAUUGUCCACCAAUUAAAAGCUACCCACCACCUAUGGUACAGUGGUUAACUGAUGACGGCACUCAGCUGUAUGACAUAAAAUAUGCCUCAGUUGCAGAGACCCAUCAAUUAGUGGUAUUAUCAGCCUCUGACAGCGAUCAAAAAGCAUACAGGGUGAGAGCAACAAAUCCUUUGUUAGGAAAAGAUGAAUUUAGUCAGUAUUUAAGAAUCAACACCAUAGGAGGAUCUCAGUCCGGAGAAAUUGCUCCUUAUUUCGUCGUUAAACCUAAAGGAAAACAUAUAAUCAAAGGUCAUAAAACUACCGAGCUCCAGUGUAUAGCCAAUGCGAGGCCCUUACACGAAUUAGGAACUCUGUGGUUCAAAGACGACAUACCGAUAGAAAAUACAAACGGCGUUGAUUACAUUUACAACGAUCCGUGGAACAGAACUUUAUCACUUAUUAAUGCCAAAUUGACUUAUACCGGUCGGUAUACUUGUCAGAUUCGAUUUGUAUCUGGUGGAUAUGCGCCUAUUUCUGCAGACGCUGAUAUUUUUGUCUUGGAACCUCCAACAUUUGUUGGUAAUUUGAGGAUGGAAACCCUUGGCGAAUACGGGUCUACUGUUAGAAUUAGUUGUGACACCAUCGGGGUGCCACAGCCGAAAAUAACUUGGUAUCGUAACGCAGAGACAAUAAGUCAAAACAAUAGGUAUAUAGUUGAAGAAGAUGGUACUUUAGUAAUAAAGAAAUUGAACAUCGAAGAUUCUGGUAUGUUUCAAUGUGAAGCAGAAAACGAAGCUGGGACAGAUUCUAUUAGUACGUGGUUGAAAGUCAAAACUACUGGUCCAAUCAUUGAGAAUGAGCCACAAAAUUCUACAGUUCUAGAAGGAAAUGAAGUUAUAUUGUCUUGUAGAGUUAUUGGCGCACCUAAACCAAAUACAACUUGGACCUUUGGUGAUUUAUUUGUAUCAUUGAAUGAGAGAAUUCGCAUACUAGAUACAGGAGAUUUAUUUAUAUCGUCCACAAAAGUCCAAGACACUGGAAAAUAUUCUUGCAUAAGAUCAAAUGAAGCUGGCACUGUGGAAAUGCAUGCUUAUAUUAAAGUUCUAGGUAAAACUACCAUUGUCGAACCACCUAUGGAUACUAGAGUUUUGCUAGGACAAAAUUCUAUUAUGAAAUGUAAAGUGUCGAGUGAUCCUUCUGUACUUUAUCAAAUUGAUUGGUUUCAUAAUAACAAGAGUCUUGGAGCUGGAAAUUCAAGAAUAAAAGUUUCAGCUGAUGGUACCUUAGAAAUAGGAGUUGUACGUGCUGGUGAUGCUGGUGUCUACACUUGUUCAGUUUCAUCUCCUGGAGGCAAUGAGAGAAGACAUGCACAUUUAAGUAUACUUGAAUUGCCUUAUCCUCCAAAUGUUGCUCAGGCUGAACGUGUUGGACCCAGAUCUGUAAAUGUUUCUUGGACUGUGGGUUUUGACGGCAAUAGUCCUAUAUUAAAAUAUAUUGUACAAAAACGACAAAUUGAAACUCAAUCAUUAUUGGAUCCACUUGUUGAUUGGGUUACUGAGCUUACCAAUAUAUCUGCAAAUUCUCGUUAUGUGGUCCUGGAAAAUUUAAAAGCAGCUAAUACUUACCAGUUUAGAAUCAGUGCUAUGAAUGCAAUUGGUGAAGGAACACCUUCACAACCGAGCAAUUUUGUUACAUUACCACAACAAGCUCCAUCUGGACCACCUUUAGGGUUUGUUGGCUCAGCUAGGUCAAAUUCUGAAAUCAUUACUCAGUGGCAACCUCCCUUAGAAGAACAUCAUAACGGACAAAUUCUUGGAUAUAUUAUAAGAUAUAGGUUACAUGGUUAUUUUAAUAGCCCGUGGACUGAUCAUAAUAUUACUAGUGGGGCUCAGCAUUAUUAUUUAAUUCAAGAUCUAAUUACAUGGAAAGACUAUGUACUUCAAGUAGCAUCCUACAAUAAUAAAGGAGUUGGAGUUUAUAGUGAUAGUAUAAGAAUAAAGACUAAAGAAGGAGUUCCCGAAGCAGCUCCAAUUGAUGUAAUUGCUAGACCAAUUAAUAGUACUUCGGUUCAAGUUUGGUGGAAACCUCCAGAUCCACAAAAAAUUAAUGGAAUUAAUCAAGGUUACAAACUUCAAGCUUGGAUUGGAGAACGAGUGGAACAUGAAAUGACAGUUGCUCCUAGUUUAUUUGAUCCACUUGCUCAGCAGACCACAACGUUUGUGAACCUUAAGAAAUUUACAGCCUAUAAUGUGACAGUGUUAUGUUUCACUGAUCCUGGAGAUGGUCCAAUCAGUAGUCCAUCACUAGUUGUUACACACGAAGAUGUUCCCGAUUUAGUUGGUAGUCUCCACUUUGAAGAUGUAUCAGAUCGUUCUGUGAAUGUUGUUUGGUCUUCACCAUUACAUACAAAUGGUCAUUUGAUUGCCUACACUGUGUCUUAUUCCAUACGUGAUCGACCAGAAACCACUCACUUAGUAAAUGUCACCUCAGACAUCACCAGUAUUGUAAUUGAUCAGUUACAAGCCACAACCCACUAUAAAUUUGAAGUAUUUGCUUGGACAAAAGUUGGUCCCGGUCCUAGUAGAAUAGCCACAAUACAGUCUGGUAUUGAACCGGUUUUGCCCAAUCCACCAACCAAGUUGGCCAUAACAAAUAUUGAGCCAUUUUCAGUUGUGCUCCAAUUUACACCAGGUUUUGAUGGAAAUUCCUCUAUUACUAAAUGGGUUGUAGAAGCACAGACAGCAAGGAAUACAACUUGGUUUACUGUGCAUGAAGAAAGUAGUCCUGAAGCAACUACACUGAAAGUUCUUCAAUUAGUUCCUUACACAUUAUACCGUUUAAGAAUCACUGCAUGGAAUGUAGUUGGUGCAUCAGAGCCUUCAGACCCAACUAAGGAUUUUCAAACUAUUCAAGCACCACCAGCUCAUCCCCCUUAUAAUGUCACUGUCCGCGCAAUGUCUUCUACUGAACUUCGAGUCCGCUGGAUUCCUUUGCAACAAAGUGAAUGGUUUGGAAAUGGAAAAGGUUAUAAUAUAACUUAUAGAUUAUUGAAUACUAGUGUUGUAUAUACGGUCACAAUUGAAGACAUUACCUCAAAUUCAUUUGUUUUGGACUCUUUACAAAAAUUUACUCAAUAUGAUGUAACCAUGAAUGCGUUUAAUGAUGUUGGAUCUUCUGGUCCUAGUCCACCAGCUUUUGAACGUACUAGAGAAUCAGUGCCAUCAAUGGGACCCAUAAAUGUUAUUGCAAAUGCAACAUCUUCCACAACCAUUGUUGUUAGUUGGGGUGAUGUACCUUCUGAUCAUCGAAAUGGAAUCGUUGAAGGAUUUAAAGUUUAUUACAAGCCAGGUGGUCGUGCUGUGUAUCCUGUACAAAUUAAAGAUAUCCCUAAAAAUUCAACUUUCACAACUACAUUGACAGAGCUAAAAAAAUUUGUUCAGUACAGCAUACAAGUUCUAGCUUACAGUCGGUUAGGUGAUGGUGUGUUAUCUACUCCAAUUACUAGAGUUCAAACUUUUGAAGAUGUACCUGGUACCCCAUCAAAUGUAUCUUUUCCGGAUGUUACUUCAACCACUGCCAGAAUUAUUUGGGAUGUCCCUGCUGAUCCCAAUGGUGAAAUUCUUGCUUAUCGCAUAAAUUACCAGUUACAUAGUUCUGAGGGAUAUAAUUUUUCCAAAGAAUUUCCUGCUUCAGACAGGACAUUCAGAGCUAUUGAUCUUAUACCUGACCAGUACUACAUGUUUUGGGUAACAGCCCAAACACGUUUAGGCUGGGGUAAAAGUCAGUCUGCGCUUGUUUUUUCAUCAAACAACCGUGAAAUACCACAAGCUCCUUCGUCACCUCAAAUAAGUCGCAGUCAGAUUCAAGCCACGCAAAUCACAUUCAGUUGGACCCCAGGACGAGAUGGCUAUGCUCCAUUAAGAUAUUAUACGGUACAGAAGUCUGAAGAAAUUGGUCCCUGGACUACUAUACCUGAACGAAUAGAUCCAUCCAUUACUUCUUACACAAUCCAAGACCUCUUACCAUUCACUUUAUAUCGGUUUCGUAUUCAAGCAACCAAUGACAUUGGUCCAAGUACUUAUAGUCAUGAAUCCCCUCAAGUCAGGACUUUACCUACCUCGCCAAGUCGUGUAGUUGGUAAGGUUCAAGUUGUACCCAUUACAACAACAAGUGUGCGGGUUACCUGGGAACCUAUACCUCCUCAGUAUUGGAACGGUGAUACCCAAACUGGUGGCUACAAAGUUUUGUACCAACCUGUUUCUGACAUUCCUAUGGCAUUGCAAACAAUUCCUAGUCAAAUGAUUAUAGGCACAACAGAAAAAACUCUUGUUAUUGGAGAUUUAGUUCGUGACAGAAAUUAUGAUAUCAUUGUUGUGCCAUUCAACUCUCAAGGAAAUGGUCCACCUUCUAUGCCUAUUCCUGUCUAUGUUGGGGAAGCAGUCCCUACAGGUGAACCUCGUAGUGUAUCAGCAUUUGCCAUAUCAUCAACAGAAGUUCGAUUGUCUUGGGAACAUCCUCAACAAAAUCAACAAAAUGGAGAUUUAUUGGGAUACAAAAUAUUUUACAUUGUGACCGAUUCACCAAAUGAACAUCGUGUGGAAGAAGAAACAGAAGUCGUUCCUGCCACUUAUAUUAGCCACAGCUUGGUAUUUUUGGACAAAUACACUGAGUAUAAAAUCCAAAUACUUGCAUUUAAUCCAGCUGGUGAUGGACCAAGGUCUGCUCCUAUUAUUGUUAGAACUCAUCAGGGAGUACCUGGUCCACCUACUGAUCUUCAAUUUUCCGAAAUAACAAUGAAUAGUCUUAAAGUUUCAUGGACACCUCCAAAACGAAAAAAUGGCCAACUUCUAGGUUACAUAAUUACGUAUGAAACAGCUGAACAAAACGAACGUUUUAGUAAACAAGUAAAACAAAGAGUAAACCAAACGUGGCUUCUUGUUCAGCCUCUGGAGGAAGAAGUGACUUAUACAUUCUCAGUCAGGGCUCAAACUAUAGAUUUGGGAGUAGCAAUUAAAGGAAAUGUGACUACUGGGCCACAACCAGGCUCACCCAAGAGUCCAUCUGACCUGUCACUAGUAAAAACUGUUUCUAGUGUUGCACUUAAAUGGACAAAUGGGGCGUCUGGAAAAGGACCAAUCCUUGGAUACUACAUUCAGAGCAGGCGAAAAGAUGACACACGUUGGACAACAGUCACAAAAAGUAACAGUGGACCAUUAGAUGAAUUCUCCGUGUCCUAUCAAAGUUUGCUGCCAUCUACUUCAUAUUUGUUUAGAAUUGUAGCUCACAAUGAGUUUGGUAUUAGUUAUCCUGCUUAUUCAGAUGAUGUGGUUUUAACUCCAUCAAAACUUUACUUGGAGUAUGGUUACUUACAAAUGAAGCCGUUUUAUAGACAGACAUGGUUUAUGGUUGCAUUAGCUGCUGCAUCACUAGUUAUACUUAUUACGGUUAUUGCUAUACUAUGUGUUAAAAGCAAAAGUUACAAAUACAAACAAGAAGCACAGAAAACUUUGGAAGAAUCUAUGGUUAUGGACAUUGACGAUCGACAGCAAUUGGCCAUGGAACUUCAUAGAACCAGAAUGUCAAACAACAAUUCUCUUGGACGGAUGUCCAUUCAUAACACUUUACACCAUUCACUGCACAGGCGAAAACCACCAAUCGGGACUUUAGGAAAAUCUCCACCAAGACCAUCUCCAGCUAGUGUUCCUUACCAUAGUGACGAUGACAGUGUUAAGGGUUAUGAUGAAAAUCCAGAUGAUAGUUCAGUUACUGAAAAACCUUCAGAAAUCAGUUCAACAGACUCUCAAGGAUCUGAAAGUGAGAAUGAGAGCGUGAGAUCAGAUCCGCACUCGUUUGUUAACCACUAUGCCAAUGUCAAUGAUUCAUUAAGACAGUCGUGGAAACGGCAAAAACCUGUUAGAAAUUAUUCUAGUUAUACAGAUUCAGAACCUGAAGGAAGUGCUGUUAUGAGCCUUAACGGUGGCCAAAUUAUAAUGAAUAACAUGGCUAGAUCUCGAGCUCCGCUACCAGGAUUCUCGUCGUUUGUUUAA